UUUAAAAACGUUUAUAAUUAAAAAGGCCUAAAGCCUAACCUUUGGGGAGUCAUCAUCUCCAACAUCUCUCUCUCUCUCUUUUUCUAUGUUUUCUCUCUCUUUCGUUUGUUCCAAUGUUUGAGAGAGAGUGAAUUGAGUAGCUUCAUCCACAAGUGAAAACAAUAGAAAUAUAUAUAUACAGAGAGAGAGAGAGAGACAUGGGAAGGGCUCCUUGUUGCUCUAAAGUUGGGUUACACAGAGGUCCAUGGACACCUAGAGAAGACACAUUGCUUGUCAAGUACAUUCAAGCUCAUGGCGAAGGUCACUGGCGAUCUCUCCCUAAGAAAGCCGGGCUACUUAGGUGUGGAAAGAGUUGCAGGCUGAGAUGGAUGAACUAUUUGAGACCGGAUAUCAAAAGAGGGAACAUAACACCCGACGAGGAAGACCUCAUCAUCCGAUUACAUUCACUCCUCGGCAACCGUUGGUCUCUCAUCGCCGGAAGGCUUCCGGGUCGAACCGAUAACGAGAUUAAAAACUAUUGGAACACCCAUCUAAGCAAACGUUUAUUAAGCCAAGGAACCGAUCCGAACACCCACAAAAAACUACCACCGGAUAACCCGGUUGUCGUCCUUGUCCCGAAGAAGAAAAGGAAGAACAAAUCUACAAAACCAACCGAGCAAGAAAAACCCAAAAUCCAUCUCCCAAAACCCAGUAGAUUUACAUCUUCAGUGUGUACCACUAAGUCUUCGAGCCAAGGAGGUGAAAAUGGACAAGUCCUCGUCCCAUGGUCCGAAUACAUCAAUGAUGAUGAAAACCGAACUGGGUUUUUAUGUUAUAAUGACAAUCAUGAUCUUAUCAACAGCUCAGAUUUCGAGUGCCAGUCUCAUCAUGAUCAUGACCAUGAUCAAGUACUAGGUGCUGAAGGUGACAGUAAUGAUUCACUAGAGAAGAUAUAUGAAGAGUACCUGCAGCUGUUGAAGACGAAUGAAGAUCAAGUACAGUUGGAUUCUUUUGCUGAAUCAUUACUGAUAUGACGACGACGACGACGUUUAAGUGGAGAAAGAAAUAUGGAAAUCUAGUUGAUUUUUAGUUAUAUUAUACGUCCAUGAAACGUCAAAUGAUGGGUUUUGAGUUUAACUCUCUACCAAUAAAGGUUGGUUGAAUGUUGAAUCUUUUAGGUUGUCACGUGCUUAUCUUCUUUACCUACAUGUACUUUGUAAAAUUGACAAACAUAAUGGCACUUCUUUUUCUUUUCAUAUAAA